GGUCGGAUUCGGACGCGUGUUUUCUCUCCUUUCUUGGAACCUGGCAGCUGAAGUUGGAUUCUCCAGAAUAGAGGACUUCUUUUGCUUGCGGUGUGCCGUUGCUGGUGACAAGUUGUGUGAAGUGUGUUGUGAAUUAUUUUGCAAUUGCAUUUUUUUUUCUUUCAUAAAGAACAGUGGGUGAUAUUGUAAGGCUGAUCAUGUCGCACGUUUGAUCGCGCGGAUCGCUUCACUGUGUGUGUUGGCGGUGCAGCAGUUGUGCAUUUUUUUCGUUCUCCUUCGUGCAAAUAAACCUGACCAAGGCGAUGCAUUUUUAAAGUUCAAGUUGGGUGCAGCAGUAGCUUCAUAUUUGUAAGUGGAAAGAAGUGCAGUUUACUUUCACCUAGUUUCAGUUUUUUUCUACGAUGAAUGUCAGUGGUUUGUGACAACUGCUGUGUGCCCUGAUCCUGUGCUCGUUUUUAACAAGUUCAAACGAUUUGCGUGUUGUUCCAAGAUAAUCUAUUUCGUGAUUGACAGCAUUUCCUCUUUUUUAUGUACGCACAUUAAGAGAAGUUCAACGUACUCGGUAGCGUGAUUUUGGCUUUCGGCGUUUUGCUAGAUUUGCUAAAAAUCUAUUUAGAAGAAGACGAGGAAGAACCGGGAAAGUGCGCCAUAAACGCGGGGAUUUAUUUAUAAAUCAACAAACUUGAACGCGAAUUUUGCCAACAGCGCACCAAGCUAGAAUAAACGCAGAAAUAAAAAAAAACCCAACGGUCGCCUUUUGGCGUGACGCGUUUGAGAGAAGAAAAAAAUACGCGUUACCGUGUUCUAGUUUUACAAUUUUAGUUUUCAUCUCAACCCAUCGAAGCGGCUGCUGUUGGCUGGCUGGCACGACGUUAACUUUGCGUGCAAAUUUGUCUUCUUGAGACCCAGCGUUGCCAGAUGACAGUCAUUCCGGCCUAUGCUAAAUGAAGGAAUAGAUGCGGCAGGCUGCAAACAUCCGGCCAUUAGCAGUUUCCCAUCAUAUCAUCAAUCGCCACCGGUGCAAGUGUUGCAAAUUUUAUUGAAAAUUAAUCGAAUCGGAUGCAAUUAAUUAUGGUUUGGUAGAGGGAAGAAAAAAAAAAUAGUGACAUCCACCGACGAGUUUGUUGACUGUCACUCGUGAGUGAGUGCAGUUCAAGUUUUGUCUUCACAACGACAUCACAUCUAACGGCUGCAGGGGUCCCGCGUGUGCAAGUUCAGAGGUGUUUUAUAUGUUCCACUUCAGCUACCAUUUUCGAUUGCUAAAAUUGCACGUGCCAGAAGAAGAUCGCUGGAAUGUGAAGUAUACAUGUGAAAAAUGUGCGAUUGCUAUAAAAUGUUAAACCAACCCGUGCCAUCGAAGAAAAAAGUCGGUCCUAGUAGUGAAUGGUUCCGCUGUGAGUUUCGCAAACGGUGCAGCAAGGUUAAUCGCUGUGGGUGGCUCUGUGAUAAAACGUAAUAAGCCGAAUAGCAUGAGGUUUCGAAUUGGCACUUCCCAGAAGGCCAACGAAGAUGAAAGUUUUGAGCGGCCAUGUUACUAUUCUCGAAUUCGCUGCCCGGGGCUGGAAGAAGGCGGCCAAUGUGUCAGUAGUGAUUGUGGCCACUUUAGUCAUCGGCACAGGUGCAAACGAUCGUCGUCUUGUCGUCGUCUCAGUUCCCCCAAAGCUAGAUGUGAAUUGAUGUUUGUGGCAAUAGUUGUGAUAAUUUUAACCAGCUUUACCGUGAUGAUCGGUGGCGAUGUCUUCACCGUGGGUUACAUCACCGGAUCUCAGCGCCGGCCGGGGGAUCGGGAAUACGCGAGGCCAGGGUUGCAGAUAUCCGGUGCCAUAACGUUGGCCAUCGAAGAGGUUAACAAUGUGUUCUUCUCCCGUCAUGGGCACAAGUUGGCCUUUGAGGUGGCAGAAACCUUCGGAGAAGAAAUCACUAGCAUUAGAAAAACCGCAGAUCUCUGGACGAAAGAUGUGAUAGCCUACAUUGGGCCGCAGGAAACUUGUGUUCACGAGGGCAGAAUGGCGGCUGCCUUCAAUCUUCCAAUGAUUUCCUAUUUUUGUACACACAACGAAACCUCAAACAAAAAGCAUUUUCCAACGUUUGCCAGGACGAGACCUCCCGAUCUGCAGAUAUCGAAAUCUGUAGUUUCGCUGCUCCUAGCGUACAAUUGGACUCAGGUUAGUUUCUUCUAUCGGGCCUCGGAGGAUUCCGAAUUCGAUGCUGUGGCCAACACGCUGAAGACGACCCUCAAAUCGAACGGGGUCCGGAUUAAGACGACCCGGACGUGGAGCACAAUUUACCACCACGGCUAUUCUCCGAAUCCAUUCGACCGGCUGGUGGAGGAAACGUUCAAGGAAACCCGAAUCUAUCUGGUGCUGGGCCAUCACGAUGAGCAUAUUGGCCUGCUGGUGAGCCUCCGCCGGAAGAAGCUGCUGGAUGCCGGAGAGUACUUCGUGGUCGGAGUCGAUCUGGAGCAGUACGAUGCUGGCUUACCAAAGAAAUAUCUACACGGGCUGCUGCAAACGGAACCGGAUCGGGAAGCCGUCGCAGCGCUUCAAAGCUACCUCGGCGUUGUGCCGUCAGCGCCGAUCAAGUUCGAGGAAUUUGCCGUUAAAGUCAACAAAUAUCUGGAGCUGCCGCCGUUCAACUAUCGUAACCCACUUGUUUACUUCGGAGGCGUUAAACAGAUUCGAGCUGAAGCAGCGUACCUCUAUGAUGCGGUCCAUUUGUAUGCUAAUGCCCUGCUUCGGGUCCUUCUGGAUGGAGGAAAUCCCAAAAAUGGCAGCGCAAUUAUCGCCGCCAUCAAAGGCCGGGCCUACAUGAGCGCCAUGGGCUAUCUGAUUCACAUCGAUGAGAAUGGCGACGCCACCGGGAACUACACCAUCCUGGCCAGGAAGCCCAUCCCCUCGGCAUCCCUGGAGAGUGAAUACGGACUGUUUCCCAUCGGACGAUUUAGCACCCCGGACAUUGACACUAUUCCGCCGUCCAAUCAGUCUCAGAUUCAGGACAUCACACUAUUUAACGCCAUCGACUGGGUCGGAUCAAAUCCACCACUAGCAGAGCCAGAAUGUGGUUUCCGGGGAGAAAAGUGUGUCAGUUAUACCGGAGAAAUAUCCGCUGGAGUGGCCGGUGGCGCUUUACUUUUGCUCGGGGUGAUAUCCCUGGUGCUGUACCGCAACUGGCGCUACGAACAGGAGCUGGAUAGUUUGCUCUGGAAAGUUGACUUUCGAGACAUUCAAAUGCACGAAAAUGAAAAGGAAAACUCGGCGGCACAAAAGAUGACGAGGACGAUCCAUCCUCUGAUUCGAACCAGUCAGGUCAGUUUGAGCUCUAAUCCGGACACCGACUUCCGCUACUCGACCAUCUUUGCACCGAUCGGGGUGUACCGGGGACAACUGUACGCAAUCAAGAAAGUUCACAAAAAAAGUUUGGACAUCACCCGGGAGAUGAAGAAGGAGUUGAAACUUUUGCGCGAUAUGCGCCACGAUAACCUGAACGCAUUUAUCGGAGCUUGCACCGAAUCGCCCAACAUCUGCAUCAUCACCGAGUACUGCAAUCGGGGGAGUUUGAAGGACGUGCUGCAAAACGAGGACGUCAAGUUGGACAACAUGUUCACGGCAUCGCUGGUGGCGGACAUUCUGAGGGGAAUGAUUUACCUGCACGAUUCCCCGAUGCGAUGGCACGGAACGCUGCGGACUUCCAACUGUCUAAUCGAUUCCCGGUGGGUCGUCAAGCUGAGCGAUUUUGGGCUGUACGCGUUCAAGCAAGGGUCAGAGGAAUCGAUCGGUGAGAAGGAGGAUAUCGAUGAGAAAUGUGAAAAAUUGCUGUACCGAGCGCCGGAAUUGUUGCGCGCUGGCCCUGCAUCGUGUGUUCCGGGUACGCCAAAAGGGGACAUUUACUCGUUUGGCAUCAUUCUGUAUGAGAUUUUCACCCGUCGAGGGCCGUUUGGCGAAAUCGAAUGCACUCCAUCGGAAUGUUUGAAAAGAAUUUUGCACCCGCUGGAUCCGAACGUUCCCUUCCGCCCGGCCAUCCAGCCGCUGGAAACGUCAUUCGACUGUGUACGUGAUUGUUUGAAAGAAUGUUGGGCGGAAAAACCGGAAGACCGACCGGAUUUCAAGACGAUUAGGAAUAAAUUGCGCGUACUGCGGAAAGGCAUGAAGCCAAACAUUUUCGAUAACAUGAUGGCCAUGAUGGAAAAGUACGCCAACAAUCUGGAACAGCUCGUGGACGAGCGAACGGACCAGCUGCAGGAGGAAAAGAAGAAAACGGAAGCUCUGCUGCUUGAGAUGCUUCCGAGGCCGGUUGCUGAACAGUUAAAGCGGGGCCACAAAGUUGAGGCUGAGAGCUACGAUCUAGUCACGAUCUAUUUUAGCGAUAUCGUAGGAUUUACGUCAAUGUCCGCUGAGAGCACUCCGCUACAGGUGGUUGACUUUCUGAAUGAUCUCUACACCUGUUUCGAUUCGAUCAUCGGACAUUAUGACGUCUAUAAGGUAGAAACUAUAGGAGACGCUUAUAUGGUAGUAUCUGGACUUCCGAUUCGAAACGGGCUAACUCAUGCGGGUGAAAUAGCUUCCAUGUCCCUUCAACUGCUGGACGCGGUGUCGGAAUUCAAAAUUCGGCAUAGACCAAAUGAUCGUCUGUACUUAAGAAUUGGAAUACAUUCGGGUCCUGUUUGUGCCGGAGUUGUAGGACUGAAGAUGCCCCGCUACUGCCUUUUUGGCGAUACGGUUAACACCGCUUCUCGGAUGGAAUCGAACGGAUUACCACUUAAGAUUCAUUGUAGCUUACAAACCAAAGAAAUCUUGGACUCGCUGGGCGGGUACCAUUUUGAGGAUCGCGGACUGAUUCCGAUGAAGGGAAAAGGCGAUCAGCGCACGUUUUGGCUCGUCGGAGAAGACCCGGAAGCUAGGGCAAAACGCACUCAGGAACGGGCCGAGAGAAGAGGGUCGAGAGCCCUCAACAAGUACAUCGGAAUGCUCAAAAGUCAGAACAACGCAGCCGGGGUGAGAAGUUCCCUGAAAACUCGAUCCAUUAUCCCCCGGAACUCGCUUCCGCGGUCUUCAAGUUUAGAGUCACCCAAAAGGCUGAGGUUUGCCAGUGGUUCCAUGCUGGAACAGCAUCGAUAUCAUCGAUACAGUGACGACGCUCUGAUGGAGGUCAUCUCGGAUAGCAGCACCCGCAAAUCGGACAACAGCAGCCUUGCCGACACUGAGGACUUCACCUCGUCCUGUCCAUGUAUCGACAACCUCGGUCUGAAUAGCGAUCGGUUCCUAAUGCAAUCCUGUCCCACUGUGACGACGCCAUUGCUCACUAACACAGUUGCUACUUAAUCUUAGUGCCCUCGGUAGAACCAGUAUAUAUCUAAUAUUGUACCCUUUAAUCGAUACUUACCCUAUUGUUCAUAAUUUAAGUCGUCAAAAUUUCUUGUACUAAAAAAAAAUGCUUAAAUCGAUCAUUCAAUUUGAAUUCACUGAUUUGAGACUUUUUCCACAGUUAAAUCUUCCAGAAAAUCUUUGCUCACAAGUUUUAUUUUUAUUUCUUACCACUUUUUGUUACCAAAUCUUAAAUGCUGAUGUAUAUGAAUGUUUGUUCUAGUCAUUAUUCAAUAAAAUAGUCGUUAGAAAUCAAAUCGAUGUGAUAUCCCCAUUUUAUUCUGUGCUUUGGAUUGUGCUGUACUACAAAUAACGCCGGAAAGAAUUUAAUUCACACCCAAACACAAACAAACACACUAAUCAAAGACUAGUGUUAGCGAAGAAACAGGUAAAGGAAAAUAAAAUACUGUCUUUAUUGAAAAAAAAAAUCAUAAA